UUCCCUCGCCCCGUGCCUUCGCUCCCGGACUCGAUCCUCGCCCGCUUCAGCAUGAAGGGCAAGGUGACCAUCGUCACGGGCGGCUCGGGCGGCCUCGGAUGGGCCGCCGCAGAGGGCAUCGCCGAGGCCGGCGGUGACCUCGCCCUCCAGUACCGCUCGGCCGAGGGCAUGGACGAGCGCGCCGCCGACCUCGCCAAGAAGUACGGCACCAAGGUCAAGGCGUACAAGGUCGACGUCGCCGAGUACGACGCCAUCAAGAAGCUCGUCGACGACGUCAAGCAGGAGUUUGGCCGCAUCGACUGCUUCAUCGCCAACGCCGGCAUGGGUGGCUCGGGCCGCAUCGGCGAGCUCGACCUGGACCAGUGGCGCCGCAUCCAGGCCGUCAACUACGACGCCGUCUUCUACGCCAUGAAGGUCCUCGCGCCCGUCUUCGAGGCCCAGGGCAACGGCUCGUUCAUCGCGACGACCUCGAUCUCGGCCCGCAUCGUCAACGUCCCCCUCGACCAGUCCGCCUACAACGCGUCCAAGGCGGCCGUCGUCCACCUGUGCAAGAGCGUCGCGCGCGACUGGCGCCUCUUUGCGCGCGUCAACACCAUCUCGCCCGGCUUCUUCGACACGGCCAUGGGCGCCGCGCCCGAGGUCGCCGACACGGUGCACCGCUACUCGGUCCUCGGCCGCCAGGGCGACCCCAAGGAGCUCGCGGGCGCGUUCCUCUACCUCGCCUCGGACGCGUCGACCUACACCACCGGCCACGACAUGCUCGUCGACGGCGGCUACACCCUGUCCUGA